AGAUGAGCGCACACCGGUGCCGGUUGCAGGCGUGCAGACAGCGGCGGGAGGGACGCGGACUGAACCGUUCAUCAGCAUUGUGUCAUGAUUAAAAAUAAUCCUCAGACUGUGUGACUGACUCUUUAAACCGUGAAGAUGCUGACAGACAUGAUCGUGGAGCAAGAAUUUGAGAUCAACGAGGAGGAACCGUGGUACGACAAGCAAGACCUUGAGCAUGACCUGCAGCUGGCUGCCGAGCUGGGGAAGAGUCUCCUGGAGCGAAACAGGGAGCUGGAGCAAGGGCUGCAGCAGAUGUACUCCACCAACCAGGAGCAACUGCAGGAGAUCGAGUACCUAACGAAGCAGGUGGACCUCCUCCGGCAGGUCAAUGACCAGCAUGCUAAAGUGUACGAGCAGCUGGACCUGUCGGCUCGAGAACUGGAGCACAGCAACCACAAACUAGUUCUGGACAACAGGAUGGCCCAGCAGAAGGUCCAGGGGCUGACAGAGACGGUGGAGCUGCUGCAGACGCAGGUGGAGGAGCUGCAACAUCAGGUGGAGGAGAUGAAGCUGAGUCCCUCUCCCCCUCCAAAGCCUCCGCACAGAGAGAAGUGGCCACCCCGCAGCACUCAGAGUGUGUCCUGCCUGAAAGAGCUGCAAAACACACUCAGAUAUGACUGCGACGAACCCUCAGAUGGCCUCCAGUCCUCCGACAUGUCGUGGCACGAAGAGGAGCAGGCGUCGCUUCGACAAUCCCUCCGCAACCUCCAGACUCAGUUCGCCAAUGAGCGUGCUCGGAGGGAGCAGUCAGAGCGAGAGGCCGAGCUGCUCGCCAGAGAAAAUGCAGCGCUGGAGCAGCAGCUGGCAGGGAUGGAGGGCUGUCAGGUCCGAGUGGCAGAGCUGGAGCGCGAGGCGGAGGAGCUUCGUCAGCUCUGGAAAUCAGAUUCCUCCCAGAGAUCCACCAGACCGGACGUCAUCCACAGCCUGCUGCGCAACUCCAUGUUCCUCAACGCGGAGGAGGAGAAUGAUGGCGCUGCAGAGAAAAGCCCCUGGGUCCUGAAGCGCUGGGACAGCGAGCGGCUGAUGAAGGCGACACAUAUGCCUGACUCUCCCGACAGGAUCUAUGACCACGAGUGCUCCUGCGUGCGUCGGGCUGAGGUGGUGAAGUAUCGUGGGAUCUCGCUGCUAAAUGAGGUCGACGCCCAGUACAGUGCCUUGCAGGUGAAGUACGACGAGCUGCUGCGGCGCUGCCACCUGGUGCAGCAGGAGGAGGAGCAGGAUGGGCAGACCCACAGGUCGGUCCAGACUGCAUCUCUCGCCGCCACUUGUCCUACUCUCACAGACAUGGGGGACUUUACAGACGACUUUCACCAGCCGGAGUAUAAGGAACUUUUUAGGGAAAUCUUCUCACGCAUUCAGAAAACCAAAGAGGACCUGAUUGAGAACAGAGGGCGACUUUCAGCUGGUGAAACGCUGCCUAUUUUGCAUCAAUAGCUCGCAAAAAAGAAAGAAAAAGAUGCUGCAAGAUGUAUUAUUGUCUUCCAGUUAAAGAGCGACUCUUUGGAAAGACUCUUACAGCAGCACUUGAAGUUAACUCUACACUUUACUGUAUGUUAUCCGCCCAGAAAUGGUGAUCGCCUUGCGAAGGUGUUAAGAGACGAGAGUGAUACAGGAACCAGAAGGCCAAACACCACCAGCUCAUGUCUCAGAUGAGGCUCAUUUUGCACAGAAACACCAGUGCCUAACGCUGCCGUCUCUACUGUGCAAUCACUCUACCUCACUUUGCACAAACCAACUCCUGAGGAAAUCAUUUCUGGGUCUUCCUUUAUCGGUAACACUUUAUUUUAUGGGUCCUAUAGUUUCCUAGAAAGAUGUAAGUUUCACAGAAAGUUUCCUGGAAAAUAUGUAAAGAUGUAAUUUAGUGCUAAUAACAGAAAAAAUGGUAGUUCAGCUCACAGGGUGUGGACUGUGGUUAUGAGCCUGCCAUUGGCCGCCUGUUUCAGAUGGAAUUCUCCCCUUCCACUAUCUGCGUGCUACAGUUUCCGAAGUCCCUGACGCUACGUGAAACUAGUCCCGCCAAACCUGAGACACAAGACAUGAAACAACCUCUGAGCUAAAAACAGCAGCGCUCGCCUCCCCACCCUGCAAAUGUUCUACCGAAACAAGUUCCCUCCCAGGUGUAACCAAAAGACUUUUAGGUUACCCCUAACCCUAAAGUCUUGAAGUCAGUGCACAGUGGGUCAGCUAAACCAUCGGUUCCCAACUGGUCAAGCCUCAGGAUUCAGAUUUCUCCUUAGUCAUUAGUUCAAGGUCCGCACGGUUUAAUACAUUCAGCGUCAUACUUGCAUUUGGCCAUGUUGUUUUGGCUAGUCUUCUGUCUCUGUUAAGCUUUCAGUUAUUCACCCACUCUACAGCAGGAAUGGCACUUCAAAAUAAAAGCUCUGUGCCGGAAAUUCACUGGACUUCACAACAAACUUCACAUAUUGGUGAGUCACUUGCGGUCCAUUCAGAAUGGACCUGCAACCCACCAGGUAGGAACCACUGAGCUAAACAAUCAGAAGUUAUAUACAGUUAUACGACAAUUCAAUGUUCGUAUAUGGAAGACCAAGUUUCCAAGUAAUUUUCUUUCUCAAAAGAAAUCAAACUGCUUUCCGCUUCAGACCAAAGAUUAACGAUGAGGCGGACACUUGAAACUACCUGCAAUGCCCCAGUUUGCUAGGUUCUGAAAACCUGCCAGUUUACACCAACGUGACUUGACGAGACGGUGUAUCGUCUCCAAUAGCAACUUCUCUCUGAACUUGCUUUGUAACGUCAAGCUUUUCUGGCUUAUUUUGCAGCUGAAUAUAAUUUUUAUCUUCUUAAAGUAUGAAUGAGAGUAGUGAUAGUGAACAUCCCAACCCUCACCUAUGGUCAUGAGCUCUGGGUGGUGACCGAAAGAAUGAGAUUGUGGAUACAAGCAGCCGAAAUGAGUUUCCUCCGUGGGGUGUCUGGGCUCAGAGAUAGGGUAAGGAGCUUGGACAUCUGGAGGGAGCUCGGAGUAGAGCUGCUGCUCCUGUGCGUCGAAAGAGGUCAGUUGAGGUGGUUCGGGCAUCUGAUCAGGAUGCCUCCUGGGUGCCUCCUGUUGGAGGUGUUCUGGGUACGUCCCACUGGUAGGAGGCCCUGGGGCAGACCCAGAACAUGCUGCGUACAUACCUCAUCUGGCCUGGGAAUGCCUUGGGGUCCCCCAGGAGGGGCUGGAAAGCGUUGCUGGGGAGAGGGAUGUCUGGGGCGCUUUGCUCAGCCUGCUGCCCCUGUGACCCUGCCCCAUAUAAGUGGAUGAAAAUGGAUAGAUGGAUAUCUACAUAGGGAGAGGGUCCUUGUCCACGGAGUUCGUCAUGUUGAUUCUUCAGUAGCCCAGAAUGGACAAACCAAACACUGGCUCUAGUUCUGCAAUCUCGUGGCUAGAUGCUACUAAAUCCUACACACUUUAAAAAAUGUCUUACAUGAUGAAUUGAUUAUCUAAAUAGUUGCUGAAUUAUUUUGUGUUGAUCAGCUAAUCAACUAAUCAACCAGUUAUUUCAGCUUUAACCAGGACUGUGACCUAAAAGCUCUUCGAGUCAAAACUGUCAGUUAGUCCCAAAUUACAAACUAAACUGUUCUUUUCAGGAAACUUGCGAGAUUAUUAUCACAAAAUUACGGAUCCAUAAAAUAGAAUGUCAUGUGUAAUGUAUGCUGUAUCUGCUCUUUGAUUUGUUUACUGAGCUCCGAUGAUCCAGUGUGAACUUUUUUUAAUUUAUUUUUCCUUUGCAACUAUUUGCAGCCGGUGAUAGUUAUGCCUGCGCCUAUAAGAGCGACUGAUCUAAGUUGUUACAUUGGUGAAGGAGUUUAUAUUAUUGGUGAUUCAAGGUGCUCAAACAUAUUUAGGACCUUUUGUAAUCGUGACAUUUCUUUCUAAAAAAAAAUGAUACUUGAUUAUUGUGCGAUAGGUUAGAUGACUGUGAGUGAAUGUUAUAUUAAAGGGAAGUUCUGAGGUUUACCAAAAGACUAACUCUAUGUACUUGAUGAUGUAACGGCCUCCUGGUAUAUAUAUCAUAUAUCAUAAAGUCAUGUUUGAUUAGAAGCUUUUCUCAGCAGAACUUCUGUUGCUUUUGCUGCCUGACGUCCACGUGAACUCGUUAAGCUUAAGACUGUGCGCACAGUUUGUAGAUGUCUGUGAAAUCACGUUGAGAUGCACUUUAGAAAUUGCACAUUAUCAAAGCUCUUCUGACACUUUACGUAUGUAGUUAUUAUCAAGUGUCCUGAAUAAUCUGCAGUAUGUAUGUAUGUACGAUGUGUUUCUACCUGUUUCAUGAUUGGACCUUGGGGCUUAAUGUCUGAGCCAUAAAACAUGAAGCAAGCCAA